AUGAAGUCGCAAACCACUGACCAAGUUUUGGAAACCAUAGGCAGCUUUGGUCGUUUUCAGAUCGUUCUCAACAUAUUUUCUAACUUAGCAUAUUCUUUUUGGUGGUGUGUUCCUGUGAUGGGAAUGGUUUUCAUCGCGGGAGAGCCUGGCUGGAAGUGUAAAAAUAAAACUACCUGUCCCUUUAAUGAAACUAUUAAUCUCGGAGGUGACAAGUACUCUUUCAGAUGUGAUAUUCCAAGGAAAGACUGGGAGUUUGCUGAUGACUUCUCUUCAAUUGUAACUGAGGUAUCUAUUUACUACACCACAGUAUUGCCACCCCCAUUUUAAUCAAUUUUACCCCUUUCUAGUAAAUGUCAAUAUCGCUGAUGCUUAGUCAGUAGACCCUUUAUGCGAUCAAAUUCAAUUAUUCAGUGGCGGAACAUUUCGUGAACCAGGAAUCAAAAAUGUUUUGAACGUGCAUCAUUUUGCAAAUAACAUUUUUAAGAAACGGUCCGGAUAGGAACGAUGGCAACAACGGCAACGAACAUGUUGGAAUGCAAAAAAGGUGCUAACUUUUCUAUUGUCUGUACUUACUUCUGAUUGGCUUAAACAGCAAAAGUUAACAAAACUUCAUAAAGCGGUACAUAUAUUCAUCCUUACUUUCCAACCAUCUUCCAUAUAACAAAAUCUGGUCUCAGUUUGAAUAACAAAGAAAUCCUAUGUGGGGAACUUUUAAAAUUGUAAACUUUUCUUGGCUAUUGUUUUCAACUCUUGUGAUUGGUCAAAAUCUUUUAACACAAAAAAACACCCUUUCAAAGUCGAGUGUAAAUGCAUUUUAUUACGUAAACGGCCUUCAUGUAGGUUUAUGCAUUCUCUGUGUAAAAAUGAGAACAUUUCUAUGUGGGGAAAGCACCGUUGCCGCAUAACAAAAGAAAUUGCUAUCCACCUUACCUGGAUCAUUACUUAAUGUAAUAUUUCUUUGGAUUCAUAGUUCGACCUGGUGUGCGAUCGAGGAUCUUUGGGUUUCGUAUCAACCUCCGUUAUCUUCGCCGGUUUUUUCAUCGGGAGCAUUGUUGUGAGUCCAAUCUCUGACAAGUUUGGCAGGAAGCUUCCUCUUUUCAUCUGCGGCUUUUUGUGCUGUGUUUUACAUUUUGCUUCAUCCUUUGCUCCUGUCUUCUGGUUGUUUGCUCUUUCUCGAGCCAUCAUUGGGUUUAUGAUUGGUGAGACGUAUGAUUUAUUUUUAUUUUACUUAAUACAAGUGAAUUUUUCAGCCUUCACUCACAAGGCAUUCGGUGGUAAUUCAGUCUUAAAGUACUCCAUCUCUAGCCUUGGUUCUGAAGAAAAUCCAAAGGCGUUUGCUUAGUGUAAAAGGUUUAAGUUUGCGAAGGUUAGGCCUAGGUCAAACGUCCAAUUUUCAUGAGACGAACCAAGCUUAAUUUUGAUCGAUCUAAAUCAUUGAGUUAAGAUCGUCUGUUGGGUCAGUCAUCGAACUUAGGAAGCGUUGAACACGCAAUCAACAAACAAACAAUCAAACCAAAAACACAAUUUCAAUAGCCUCCCGAACGAGGCUAAAUAUACUUUAUCAUACAAAUUUGCAAUUUUUUGUUAUUAAUAAGUUCGUUUCAUGUGAAGAACUGAGCCAGACGUCGAACAUUUAGUGAACUUAACUCACUAAGUUUGGUUCGUCUUAUGAAAAGUUCGACCUCUUGCCUGUGCCUUAGGUGUAGGAUUGUUGAUUUUAGAGAUCAUAUUAUGCACUCUUUGUUUUCCAUAAAUCAAGUGAAGGCCGUUUUUACCAUAACCACAAGUCAGUAGGCAGUCAUAGGCUCGAGUUUCUGUUCCAUACCGAAACAAAAUCAUGUUUUUCGUAGGUUCUAACCCUUCGGUAUAGUCAACGAUUAUGGAUGUCGAAAGAAGGGUUAUUGAGUUAACUCAUUGAUCUUUUUUUGUAAGGUGCGUUCAGCAUCCCGUUAUUUGUGCUGUUAACGGAAUUCUCUGGUGUACGUCAUAGGGGAAUGACAGGGGGGAUAGUAUGGACUGGUUUCCUUUUGAUGGCCAUGGCUUUGGCGGGGUGUGCAUACGCCAUACGGGAUUGGAGAACCUUCACCAUGGUGACCGGAGCCCCGGGAAUUCUUCUCGUUUCUGGCUGGUUGUAAGUAAAAACAAAGAGUCCGCUGGGGACGACCACAACGACGUCGGUUCACAUUUGAAUUUAAAGAAAAGUAACGGCUUUCCCAAAGGACAAAAACUGCUGCUUGAAAUUGCAAUGUCGUCGUAAAGCGAAUCCGUAAAGUUUACUUCCAAAGCAUCAGCUCUAUAAAGACUUCCUAGGGUAUACAUAGCACUUAUUAUUAGCGGUGCCUACGGUAAAAAAAAUACCUUCUUUUCUUUCCCUUCGCUAAUCCCUUCUCAUACUGUAUUUUUGCAUUUUGCCCAAAGUUUUUACACUAAUGGGUAUAUGAAAAUCAGCUCCCAGCUGUGGACUUGCGAGUUCAACAGGUAGAGCUGUGCACCGGUAUCACAGAGGUCUUGAAUGGCAAUUUCACAAUAUAAGCCUGAAUUUCAGGCUUUCUUUCCGCACUGUAGCGUCCAUAACUGCGAUGACUUUCGUCACGUUUAAAGUUCAAUUUGUUUUUUAUUGUUCUUAUAUGUUCAAUGGAUAAGCCCUUUAGAAGGGUGGUGUUACUGCAUAGUAGAUUGUACCGUUGUAAGAAAGAAAAAAAAAUUGCUUUUGUUGUGAUAAAUACAUGAUAAAUCAUGCAUGAAUUAUUUUGAAUUUUUUCCUAGUUUUAUCCCAGAAUCUGUUCGUUGGCUUCUUAAGAAAGGACGGCAAUCUGAAGCAAGAACAAUUCUCGCUAAAGUUGCACGAUCAAAUAAAAAGGAAAUGCCAGAGGUAGAACUGAAAUUGCCAAAAGAAGAAACACUUGGUGACUUACGAGAUCUGUUUUCUUCGCGAAAAAUGGCACACAAGACUCUAGUCUCAUGGCUUAUCUGGUAAGGGUGUUCUUGUUUUUACAAAAAUAUCGUAGUUGUACAUAUUGCUCGAAAGAAAAAUAAUAAAUAUAAAUAUAUGUGAUAAGGGAUGCUUAUGACGUGAAUAUUACAUGAUUUUUUUUUUCUGAGUACGAAAUCAUGAGGAAUUACGCAAAUGAAGGAGGAUGUUGUUCAGGGUUGUAGGAUUCUCUUAUAACUUUUGGUAGAAAAUUGCCCACAAUUGAAGUUCUGCUUGUUCUCUGUUCAUUAGGUUUGCUGCCUCCUUUGUUGCAUGGGGUACAGCCUUUGCGUCUCCAUUUGUUGGAGGUAAUAUGUACGUGAACGUUGUAAUUACGUCUUGUGCCGGCGUGUUCGGAUAUCCAGUUAGUGGGCUUUUGGCUCUAAGGUAAUUGAACUAAUUUUAAUCGAACCUCUAGCUUAAUCGGCUUCUGCUUUGGGGUAUAGUAAGAUGUACAUUUGUGGAUACCCGAAACAGGGAAGGCCGGAAUUUCAAGAGACUCUCGCCAAUAAUUUUAAAAAGUAGAGCUUUUGUUCUUUUCAACCCUCGGACGUACAAACAAAUUUAUACCCCCAGCGUGGUAGAAGUUGAUGGAACCCUCCCCAGAGUUUUCGAUAUGUUGCAGUAUUUGGAAACGAGUUUACCUUUAGUGGAAAGCAUUUGAUCUUGUCAACAAUAUGAGGGAUAUUUUAUGAGUGGUGGCGCUGCUGGAGGCCAGUGACGUCACCAACAAUGGUCGCCCUCUGGGUCGCCAUCUUGGAUUUUACCAAGAAUUAAAAAUCAGGUUAAAACCGCGAGAAAUCGUAAUUUUUUGUGCUUGACUUAAAAUAAACAAGCACUUUGCAUCGUUUUAGCCGUAAUAUUUACUUUUAUUGUUGAAAGAAGUUGAAAAUUCAUGUAUUUCCACUCAAAAAUGGCUUGACCACCUGCUCCUUAUGACUUCAUAUCUCGUAACCAUAGAAACUGACCAUCACUAAACUAGUCUCAAAAUCUGCGCGAGGGAUGAACGAACAGCUACGGAAAACGUCAGGUGCUGAUGCUUUAUCCUUUAGGAAACAACGCCCUUCAUGUACGUCCGAGAGUUAUAUGUCAAUCAAAUAGAAAAUAGAAAAUCAGAAAAAAAAAACUUGAACAACUAAACCAGACAAACGACAAAUUUUAGCGGCCUCUUCCUUUUUGACCAGAUGGAUGUGAGCAUAAAGAUGAGUGCAAAUAUAAGGGCUGUUUUCCGGGGAAAAUAGUGGCCGCUGUGGGAAGAUGACCGUUGUAGCGAAGUUUGCCCUUAUAGCGGGUUGGACUGUACAAAAUGUCCUUUUUUUGUUUAUCAUUGAACUGGAAGAGCAUAACCUACAACAGAGUUUUAUGGGGAGAGAUCCGAUAGGGUAGCAAAAAUUUCAGUUACCCAGUCUUUUACAUAGAUAUUCACGUGUAUGUCUCCAACACCUCUCUUACUUGGGCUCAUCCAUAGUGGAGCUCUCGCGCACGCUUGCACGUUCAGCGAAGCACCAUGGCUAAUAAGAAACUUUGGUCAUCUAUUCAUCCAAGAAAUAGUCCACUUUCGAGUUCGCUAGAUCGCUGAAUAACUGAAGUGAAGACGCAUUUUUUACAGGCUUAUCCUCCAUCUGGAGUUAAUAUAUCUACAAUUUCCAACGAGAGGAAGGUCUGUUUGUUACUCUGUCUAUUGUGUAUUUAAAAAUUUCAAACACUUUUUUGCGGGAAUUUGUGAAUAUUUUACUUUAGUAUAUACUAAAACAGUGGAUAGUGUUUUUUUUGCGCGCUGUGAUUGGCUACUCAAUCAGUGAAUAUCCUGCACUAUUCACUGAUUCACCUCCAGUUCCUCCGAGCGAGCGACGCCAAACUCGCGUAAGUUGCGAGCAAAAUGCCUUCCAUGGUUGUCGCCGUAACGAACAAAGAAAUUUCACAACUAAUCAAGCAAGCUGUUCCCGAAAUACACAAAGAAGGCGACGAAGUUCGGUUUGGAAGCUUUGACAGACAAAGCUUUUGCCUUUUUGACUUGAAUUUAUCGAUA